UAGAUGUCUCACUUCCUCCCAUCCGAAGCCUUUUAAAUGGCGUCGCUUCUGUCUCCUGCUCCUCUCUUAUCUCUUCAACGUCCUUACCAUUGUCUGAAAAAGGGAGUUUACGCAACUCCUUGUUUGGUUCGAGAUUCAUCGUCGCCGUCUCUCUCCACCUCCAAUUUGAUUCCCCAGGUGGUUGUUACCCGAGAAAGUGGCAAGAACAAACAAAUCAUCAAAGCCCUGGAGAAACGUGGGAUUUCAUCUUUAGAGCUCCCACUGAUUCAACAUGCUCCGGGACCUGAUUUCGAUCGCCUCGCUUCCGUACUAACUGAUAAGAACUUUGACUGGAUCAUCAUAACCUCUCCACAGGCAGCUUCUGUCUUUCUCCAGGCGUGGAAGGCAGCUUGCUCUCCAAAAGUGAAAGUGGGUGUAGUGGGAGCUGGAACAGCCCGUGUAUUUGAUGAGCCAGUGCUAGCUGCACAAGGAGCGCUUCAUGUUGCCUUUACACCAUCCAAAGCAACUGGUAAAGUCUUGGCUUCAGAGCUUCCAGACAAUGUGGGCAAAAGUUCAUCUGUCCUAUACCCGGCUUCUGUAAAAGCAGGCAAUGAGAUUGAGGAAGGGUUGUCCAGGCGUGGGUUUGACGUUCUGAGGCUGAAUACAUACACAACAGUUCCUGUGCAAAGUGUAGAUGCGAUGCUUCUGCAACAGGCAAUGUCUGCGCCUGUUCUUUCUGUAGCUUCACCUUCGGCACUCCGGGCCUGGAUGAAUUUGAUUGAAAACGAGAAGGAAUGGAGUAAUAAUCUUGCCUGCAUAGGAGAGACAACUGCUUCAGCUGCAAGACGACUAGGAUUUAAAAAGGUUUACCACCCGGAGCAACCAGGGCUUGAAGGAUGGGUCGAGAGCAUCAUGGAAGCUCUAGUCGCUCACGAAGAAAUUACACAGAAUAAGUAACUCUGGCAGCAGGAACUGAGUUAUACUCAAUUCCACCCACUCAUGAACUGGACUUAUGGUGGACUGGACUGGGACACCUGCUUGUAAGUUAGAUGACUUGAAAAAUAACCAAGUGAUGUUGUUGAUAAAAUUCCUCAACCCCUUUCAGAUAUCUUGGGCAGCUUUUGUAAGAUAAAAGAGGUAUAUAGUAUUGUUUGGAAUACUAACUUCUUACACGAUCUAGAAACGUGAUAGUACAAAAGCAAAUGAUCCAAUGUUAUCAUUUCCAACCACAA